AUGGCAUGCAGGGAUAAUCAUGGGAGAUGCCACGACACUAACGGUCACGGUCACGAAUACAGUGCCACAGUUGGCCUCCUUCACAGUCUUGACGAAAAAGCACCCUUUACAGUGCCUUCAUCCUCCACUUUUGGUGCCUCAUGCAAGUCAUCCUCCAACACUCCACUAGUCUGGUGCUUCCAAUCCCAGCUUCUCCGACCACAAAGCGCUCAACCGACCAAGUCUGAGCGAAUUUGUGACAAACCACGCAAAGCCUACAAGAACUCGCCACCUCAGCCUGACGAGGCAGAUGGCACUGCCGACAGUCCGCAAUCCGACAAAACCACCAUUUGUAACUCCUCCACACUAUGCUCUCUCAUUUCCGAUCUGGAGGAAGAUUCCAUCGUUACUGAAGUGAGCUCCGUCUCCAUGCGACCAAGUGAUUGGAGCUCCUCCUCACAACCCACCACCAAAUUGGGCCAGUCUCAUCAGCCACCAGAGAACUUCAAAGCCACCAUCCUCCAGUCGACGCUGAAUCUUAUGAAGUAUCGUCUCAACUACCCCCUUCUCCUGGCCAAGUCUCGCCACCUCACUGGUAACCAAGCACUGUCCAACUGUGAACAAAGUCUUGGCUCGUUUGCAGAAGACGUUCUGCGCAAACGUGCUGACAGGCAACCCCCGAACGCAGUUGCCAAACCAAGCGCUCUGGACGCUGCCUUAUGGUACAUCAAACACCAGUGGAAAUGUCGCUACUACACCCUGCUGGACGCUGUUGACCUGCUCUACAAGGACUACCAACUGCUGCACCACGUUAGUGCAGACCAGAACCAACGCAGUCACCAUGUCACAUUCCCCCAACGCCUUCUCUCCAGCUACUCGGUGGAUAACAUUGCUGUGGGAAACGAUAGAAGCACUCAAAUUGGUGUGCUGGCUGGCGCCGACCCUGUGACCCACCUGGCCAAUCGCAUUGCAGAGCACACAGUCUGCCCUCAGGCCCAUGUCUGGCCGCAUCGUUUCAAUGCCUCCGUGUGUUUCAUUCUUGACGUCAUCGCACAGUGUCGGUUGUUGCGUGUGCAAUCGGACAAAAUGACUGCAUUUCGUGAUCGGGCAUUUCGACUGACAACAGAGGCGAGGGAGCAACGAGAUCGCCUGAGAAAGUACAUGGCGGAACAACGCACAGCCAUUGCAGAAGUCGCCAAAGCACUCACAGAAGUGCGUGAGCGAAUCACACGCAUGCAGCGGGGGCCACCAGUCGAAAUCAGACGCAAGCAGAGUCUCUCACAGGAGGAACUAAAUGUAAUGGAAAUUCAAGAACAAAUAGCCCAUCAACGGUCUCAGCUCUCAGUGCUGGAAACGAUCCUACGAGAGGAGGAGGCCAAACGACGGUAUAUGCACAACCGCCUGCAGGAAAUCACUGGCAACAUUCGCGUCCUCUGCCGAGUGCGUCCGCACAGUCCAUCACGGAAGCAUCCCAUUGAUUACCUCAAAGUCACCUCCAACGACAAGCUGCUCCUCUGCCCGAACGACAUUCCUGAAGUGCUACUGGGCCGAGCCUCCACCAUUCUGAAGUCUCUCAAAUCUACCACCAAUCCCGACGGCUUCAAGUGCUUCAUCUUCGACAGGGUCUUUGGUCCAGACGCACAGCAACAGGCUGUGUACAAGGAGGUCGACGAUUCUAUCAUCUCCUGUGUGGACGGCUUCAACGUCUGCAUAAUGGCCUAUGGUCAAACUGGAAGUGGGAAGACGCACACCAUGGUGGGUAGUGCACAGGACCCUGGGGUGAAUCGACGAGCAAUUCAGCGACUUCUGCAGCUGUGCAAGUCUCGCAAACACUGGACCUACCAGCUCUCGAUGAGCAUGCUUGAGGUCUACCAGGAGGAGGUCUUCGAUCUCCUAGUUGGUGGUGCAGUGGACAAGACGAGUGGUGGCGACUGUGUAAUCAGCGAUUGCAAGAGUGCGCGCAGUGUCGACCUCUCCACUAACAGUCGUCAGCUCAGUCCAACCGGCUUCAUGACCACCACAUCAGGCAACAGCUUCGCACAACCGCGGCCAUCACAACAACGACGUCUGUCCAUGGUACGACUCCUGUCCACUCGUGAGGAUGAACUGGUGCUGCAAAACCUUACUGAGAAGAUCAUUGGAAGUGAGGAGGACAUGCUGCAACUGCUCGCAUUGGGCGAAAGGCGACGAAGCACCGGAGCCACCCGUCUCAACACUAACAGCUCCAGAUCUCACGUGCUGCUUCUGCUGCGAGUCACCGGCGAGCACACAGUCAACAAGACGCAGAGUCGUGGAACCCUCAUUCUCGCCGACCUGGCUGGCAGUGAGAACGUCAGCAAGUCGGGCUCGGUGGGACGACGCUUCCAGGAGGCCACGUGCAUCAACAAGUCGCUCUCCUGUCUGGCUCGUGUAUUCGACUCCCUGCGCAAGCGUCUCAAACCGGCCUACAGGGAGACGAAGUUAACCUACCUGCUGAAACCCACCCUGGGAGGGGAUGCAAAGUGUCUGGUGCUGGUGAAUGUUCGCAGUGAACCGGAGAAUCUGGACGAGACUCUACGUGCCAUCCAAUUUGGUCAUGGUGCUCUCCAGGUGGCGCCAUGGAAAUCCAGUAAUUUGGGAGCUCCACAAAACGUUGGUGUUCGAUGCUCACGGAAACCGCGUUGCCCUUCCCAUGUUGGCGGUGGCAGUAAAGCCUGUGUCCGACGUCAUACCAAAACAUCGGUGCUAUGA